AUGCAACGUCGGGUUGGGACAUUCAGGAGGCGUGGUGGAGGUACCUUCAGAGGAAGUAAUCGUAAACAAGGAAACUAUGUGGAAUCUGAAAAUGAUGUUCCAUUGGACAUCGAAAGUGCAAUGUCGGAGUCAAAUGAAAGUCGUUACAGUCGUGCUAAAUCGAACGAUAUCAUGGAUCGGCGCUAUGGCUUUGAGCCCUUUAACGGACCAGGGGAACGGUUUGGUUGGUUGAUUAAUAUGCAUCCAACAGAUAUUCUUGAUGACUCAAAAAAUCUUGUCAGUGCUGUUGACUUUUACUUUAUCCAAUCUGAUGGUUUGCGGUUUAAGGUGUCAAGGGCCUACCUGCCAUAUUUCUUCGUUUCCGUAGCAGGUGACCAGGGCAAUGAAGCUGAAGUUACAACGUUUCUAUCUCGAAGAUACGAGGGUCGUAUUGUCAAAAUCGAAUCAGUAGAAAAAGAAGAUUUGGACAUGUCAAAUCACUUGAUUGGAUUGAAAGCGCGAUAUCUCAAGCUUUCGUUUUAUUCCGUGGACGAACUUGUUCGAGUUCGAAAAGAGAUUGCUGCCCGAGUUAAGGCGAAUAAGGAAGUUCAAAGUCUUAAAUCCACGUACACGGACAUGUUAGGCGAGCACUUUAGGGAUUCGAAUGAGACGGAGUCUGUUGAUCCGUUGAAAAGGAGGACUGCCUCCAAAGCAUCUGAUGCACUCGACUACCUUAAUGAUAUCCGGGAAUACGAUGUCCCGUACUUGAUGCGCGUCUCUAUUGACUUGGGGAUAUUCGCAGCUCACUGGUAUACCAUCAAAUGCCGGCCAGGUCAUCCGCCGGAAUUCAUUUGUUCAGAGGAGACCGUCGCUUGGCCAGAACCAGUAGUUCUGGCUUACGAUAUUGAAACAACCAAGUUGCCCCUAAAAUUUCCCGAUGCGUCUAUUGACCAGAUAAUGAUGAUCUCGUAUAUGAUAGACGGAGCUGGUUUUCUUAUAUGUAAUAAAGAGAUAAUAGCCGAAGACAUUGAUGAUUUUGAGUUCACUCCUCGUCCCGAAUUUCCCGGCCAAUUUCGCGUCUUCAAUGUGUCAAAUGAGGAGGCUGUUAUCCGCCACUUUUUUGACCACAUUUUGCGCGUCAAACCCACCAUUAUGGUAACCUACAACGGCGACAAUUUCGAUUGGCCCUUUGUUGAGGCUCGAGCAGCGGUUUACAAUAUAAGCAUGUCAGAGGAAAUCGGUUUCAAUCGUGAGAAAUCCGGACCAAGCCCAGGUCGUGACGCGAAUGCCGGCGACUACCUCGCUCGCCCCGCUGUCCACAUGGAUUGUUUUCGUUGGGUUAAGCGCGACAGCUAUUUACCCGUAGGUGCUCACGGCCUAAAGGCCGUGGCAAAAGCCAAACUGCAUUACGAUCCGAUUGAAAUGGACCCAGAGGUUAUGUGCCUGAUGGCUCGUGAGGCACCUCGGACACUCGCUAACUACUCAGUUUCCGACGCCGUAGCAACCUACUAUCUCUACAUGAAGUACGUCCACCCGUUCGUCUUCGCCUUGUGCACCAUUCUGCCUCUGAACCCUGACGAUGUUCUGCGAAAAGGCUCGGGUACCCUGUGCGAGGCUCUAUUAAUGGUUCGCGCGCACGAAGCUAAUGUCAUUUUCCCACACAAACAGUCUGCUGGUUCCUCCCACGGUGGUGCACAAGGAAUACUGAGUGAUUCGGGAAAUAACUACUUCUUUACAGAAGACAACAAAUUAAUUGAUUCUGAGACCUACGUUGGUGGGCAUGUGGAAGCUCUCGAAGCGGGAGUUUUCCGUGCUGACAUACCCGUUCGUUUUCGCUUGGUUCCUGUGACUUGCGAGAAGCUUCGAUCUGACGCACGUCGGUGCAUCAAACGAGCAAUCUCCACUGAACUUGACACUAAAGACCCCAGUGUUGUCGACAGUCUUGUUGCCAAGGACAAUUUCGAUGUAGUUUGUGCGGAAGUUGAACAGUCGCUAGCGCAGCUCGCAGCCAUGCCUAAUCGUGUCGAGUGUCCUGUUCUGGUGCAUCUGGAUGUUGGUGCCAUGUACCCCAAUAUAAUCCUCACAAAUCGUCUCCAACCAUCGGCUGUCGCUUCAGACGCGGAAAAGCACUGCUCCGGGUGUCAUUUCUACAGACCUGGAGUGUCCUGUCAGCGCUUCAUGUCUUGGCAGUGGCGCGGUGAACUGUGGACGGCGUCGCGACCAGAGGUUUAUCGUGUUCAAGCCCAGCUCCAGCAGGAGCGUUUCCCCACGAAAUGUCCCACCACUGGCCAAACCUUUACCCGAGCUUUUCACGAACUCCCAAAGGAGGAACAGGCGAUUGUAGAGAAGAAACGCCUCAGCGAUUUCUGCCGUCGCGCCUACAAACGUGUUCACUUGACGCGAACCGAGGAGCGGGUUGCUGUGGUUUGUCAGCGCGAAAACUCCUUCUACGUGGACACAGUCCGAUCUUUCCGUGACAGACGUUACAAGUUCAAGGGCCUCACUAAGAUUUGGAAGCGGAAACUGGAUGAGGCGACAGCCGCUGCUAAAGCGGGAACCGGUGAUCCCGCGGAUGUAAAGCAAGCCGGUUCCCUGGUCAUCCUCUACGAUAGUUUACAAUUGGCGCACAAGUGCAUUCUCAACUCCUUCUACGGCUACGUAAUGCGUCGAGGCGCCCGUUGGCAUUCCAUGGAGAUGGCCGGAAUCGUGUGUCACACUGGUGCCAACAUCAUCACGCGCGCUAGAGAACUUGUCGAACAGAUCGGCCGAACCCUGGAGUUGGACACGGACGGUAUUUGGUGCAUGCUUCCGGCCAGUUUCCCGCAAAACCUAUCCAUCCGGCUUGUCAACGGAAAAACCAUCUCCAUCUCCUACCCAGGCGCCAUUCUCAACCAGAUGGUGCAAGACCUCUUCACCAACGACCAAUAUCAUGAGCUCACAAAUCCCACCACCCUCUCGUACACGGUCAGGUCAGAGAACUCCAUCUUCUUCGAAAUCGACGGGCCGUAUCGUGCGAUGGUCCUGCCCGCUGCCAAGGAGGAGGGCAAGAAACUCAAAAAACGCUACGCCGUUUUCAACUUUAACGGAAGCCUGGCGGAGCUGAAGGGCUUCGAGGUGAAACGGAACGGAGAGUUGCAGCUGAUCAAGAUAUUCCAGUCCUCGGUGUUCGAGGCAUUUCUGCGGGGCAGCACACUGACGGAGGUCUACGCCGCGGUGGCAAAGGUUGCCGAUCACUGGUUGGACGUGCUCUACUCCCACGGGGCUGGAAUGCCCGACUCGGAGCUGUUUGACCUCAUCGCGGAGAACAGGAGCAUGUCGAGGAAGCUGGCCGAUUACGGUGACCAAAAGUCAACGUCAAUUAGCACGGCCAAACGGUUGGCUGAGUUCUUGGGCGACGCGGUUGUCAAGGAGGCUCGUCUCUCAUGCAGGUUCAUCAUUGCGAGGCAGCCGGAGCAGGCGCCUGUCACCGAGAGAGCUAUUCCUCUAGCGAUAUUUCAGGCCGAGCCAUCCGUAAAGCGUCACUUCCUUCGCAAAUGGCUGAAGGACUCCAGCGUCGGAGCAGACACCGACCUACGCGCCAUCCUCGAUUGGAAGUACUACAUCGAGAGGCUGGGCAGUGCUAUUCAGAAGAUAAUCACCAUUCCCGCGGCCCUACAGCAAGUGCCCAAUCCCGUGCCCCGCGUCGCUCACCCCGAUUGGCUGUUGAAGCGUCUCAACGAGAAGACAGAUACCUGCAGACAGCGCAAACUCACCGACAUGUUUUUUUCGUGUGACAUCGAGGAGGCAGGCGCGACAGCACCACCAACCCUCUCCCCCCCGCCUGUGCCGAGGGUCGUGAAAAAGCGGCCUUCGGAGGCGCCACCGAAGCCCGCGGAACUACCGCCUGCGUGGAGGGACGUUCUAGGUGAACCCCCGGCCUUGGCAGCCGUCGGCACUCAAGCCUGGCUGGAAUUCCAUCAGAAGAAGUGGAAGCUGCAGGCGGAGCGGCGGAAGUGGUUAGCGGCGCGACAGGACGGCGACGGGGCGCUUUUAACCGGUGGCCCGCUGGCAAAGCGAGCAAGAGGCCUUGGCGGCUUUCUCACGAGGACACGGGUUGCUUUGACCAACGCAGUGUGGCAGAUAAUCGAAGUCGUACCAAACCCAAACCAGCCUGGUCGAUACACUUUGUGGGUGUUUGUUCGGUCCCCUUUCGAUCCAGAGGGUUCAGGGGGUCAAUUGCAUUCCAUCCGGCUGGAAGUUCCUCGUCGCUUCUACGUCAACAUGCGUGUUCCUAAACUCCACGAUUCGGGCACCUACUACCACAAAGUCUCCGUCACCAGGACUAAUUGUGUUGAGGAGGGCCAGAUAACCAACUCCAACUACUCCCUGCCACGCAGUCACCCGGUUUACCACCUUUACGAGUACAACGUCCCAGAGGACGUUUACGCGGCGCAUUCAGUCGACAUCGCCGCUGACUUGGCCCAGCCCGAGGUCGAAGGGGUCUACGAGCUAAAUGUGCCCUCGCUCUUUCGCAUCCUCACUCGCAUUGGCUGUCUGUGUGGAGUGAGCCAGAAGAAGAGGUCCUCGGUGAACACGGCAGCGUCGGCAGACGCAGGGGAAGCCUUCCAGCUAGAACAGUUGGAGUUUCGCUCGCUGGCGCAGCACACCUACUUGGAAAGACGCGACAGUCUGCGGAAAAUGUUCCUCUUCUACUACCAGGACAAUUCACAGAAUGCGACGUAUUCGAGACGCGAGGCUUUGAGACAGAUGUACUUCCUCGUGGUUCCAUGGACCCAGCGAGCCUACGUCUGCAUUGUCGACACAGCGCGUGUCAAUAAGUUGCCGAACCUCGAAUCGCAGUACGCCCGUCAUUACACCAAGAGUCACACAGGCACCAACUCCGGCCUGCCUUCCUCCCUCACCUUUGAGACACGCGUCGAGACGGAUCCUGCGGUGGCUCGACGCGUCGUCCAACGCUGGAUCACCUCAGCGAACCUGGGGCAUCGACAGGACUCCAAGAACCUCGACACCUCCCCCACCAUAAUGCUCCUCCACGCGCCCUCCACCCCCGGUUCUGCCAACACCGCGUCCUUGGACUCACCCUGGUGCAUCGGUGAUUCCAUUGUGAACAGACGUCGUUCGCCUCAACUGACGGCUCUUUCCGAGAUGCCCGUGGUUCCACUCGGCGGCACGGGAGACGAGAAGGGUGGGAAGGAGGCCGACGACGCCUACAGCAUCCUCAACUGGCAACAGACUGUCGCCAAACGCGCCAUCAAGUUCUUUCUGCAGUCAGAGGCGCGCUUCGAGAACCAAUUGGAGUUGGCUCGUUACUUCCACGUUCCAGUGGGGAACUUGCCAGUGGCCGAAUCGCCCUCACGUCUCUCCGCCAGCAGCGCCGAGGGCGAUGCACCGCCAAUCGCGGCUCCCAUCUGCACUACGGAGUUCGGCUGUGACCUCUUCUUCGCUCGGCACCUCGCGAAGCAGAACCACAUCCUCUGGGCGUCCGGCUCCAGCCGGCCGGACUUCGGCGGCAAGGAAGUGGACGAUCAACGACUGAUGCUGGAAAUGGAGGAGGCUAAUGCAAUCGAGGUCAACUGCAAGGGCUGCUACCGCCACGUGUGCGUGGAUUUGGAGUUCUCUAAUCUGGCGGUUAACACAAUGCUCGUGGCCAAUCGCAUCCUCGAAUUAGAGGGAGCCAGUGCGCUCACCUUCGACCGACUCAUUCCCGCCCAGCAGUCCAUCGAGGAACUUCUAAGUCGGGGUGUGAAUGUCGGCGCUCAGAUCACCGACUACGACGAGACGGCAGCCUGCUCUGCUGCCUUCCGCAUCCUUCGCACAAUGGUCUUGGGGUGGGUCAGGGACGUGACUGAGUACCAAAACCCCCUGGCAGACGAACAGGUCAUCUACUUUUACCACUGGCUUCGCUCCUCCUCCUCUCUCCUCUACGAUCCCGCACUGCGAAGGACGUUGCAGAAGCUCAUGAAGAAGGUGAGUCCAGUUUGCUGUUUCCAGGUGCACUCGUCGUUGGAUCUAGUUCGUCGAAGGUCGUCCACUCGACUGCCGCGCAAAUUUGCCGAGCUGUGUGGCAAGACGCGUCACGUGGGUUCAGAGGCGUGGAAUUACCUCGUUCUCCGCGUGUUGCAUUGCCUUGCUCCCACCUCACCUCCGAGUUCCAGGGACUCCUUAGAACUCGGCUUGGAGGUGGUCUUCGCGACCUUAAGUCGCCUCCUCACAACUUCGCACUUGCUUUACUGGAACUACAAACUUUUGACAGUGUUUUCGUCGGACGCAGGAGUUACCCUCCAAACCGGCACCACAGCACCUGUCUUCCUGAAACUGGUGGACGAGCUGAACCAGACGCACGGCCUGGAUGUCGUCUUCGCCAACUUCAAUCGCAUCGUGGUGUGCACGCGUCACUUGGACGUGGUCGAUGCACUCUCCCGGGCCGACAGCCUCACCCACAUGCUCCAGUCAAAGCCCCUCUUCGUUCAUCUCGACCUUCAGUACGCUCGCAGCUGGCACCAACUCCUCUGGUACGACUCCUCCAACUACGCCGGAAUUCGGCUAGGUGAUGUGUCGCAAAUUUUUCCCUUUAACCAUCUUCAGGUCGACUUGGAUGCCAUCGACUCCCAGGUCAGGAUGGUGGACAUGGACGAGGCGGAGAAGGACUUCGAGGUAGACAUGUGGUGGCAUAUCGCUCGCUACCUGCCGGAGACGCGCGGUCUGCGCGCCAAGUUCCAGGCUCUCGUCGCGGGCUACCUCCUGGCCUCGAGAAAAGCCGUCGUGGCCGAAGCCAAACGUCUAGUCGAGUGUGGCGUUAGCCUCUCACAACCGCCACCAAAUGCUCCGCCUGGUGCACUCACUGCCACCGACGCCACCCUUGCUCCAGGUGUUCUCGACUUUCUAGACCGUCUCGUUCGGGAGCAACUGGCGCCCGAAUUGUACAGUUUCGUGCAGCGCCUCAGGCGCAAGGCUGGACCGUGGUGUCCGACCAACACCACGGGCGGACCUUACACUCCGGAGGACAUUGUGGCGUACCUGGACGAGAAGUCGGCGCUAGACGGAGUGGAUGGCAUGGAGACCACGCGUCCACUGCCCCUCUUGCCUCCACACCCAGCGGAAUUCGGUGCCGUGGCUUUGUCUCCGAUUUGCGACUUUGUCAAGACCAUUUGCCAGGUCCUCUCACUGGACAAAUGCAUCGUCCGACAGGUUGGCGAUGUGGAGCGAGAUCUCUUCCGUUUGAUCAACGUCGGGGAGUUCUCGCACGCGGCGCUCUGGACACCGCCGCACGAGUUAGUCGGCGGCGGUGGACGCUCACUCCUCGUCUACCUGCCCGAGGUGACCUGUCUGACGUGCAACUUCAUCCGCGAUCUGGACGUCUGCAGAGACCGACACCUGGACGUCGUGGACGGCUUCUGGUGCCCCGUCUGUCCCCACUGCGGCACCGCCUACUCCAAGGGCAUGCUGGAAGCGGGCCUGCUAUCGCAGGUGGAGCAAAUCAACCUUCAAUUCGCCCUCCAGGUUCGUGUGCACAUUGUUAUCCUAUCCCAUUUCGGCAGCAAACGACCCGAUUACUGCGUGAUGUGUUUGCAGGACCUGCGUUGCCCCAAGUGCAUCACCGGAGGCGGGAUCCAGGAGUCGGCCCUGGCGAGGGGAGGCUCCCUCGGCAGGUGCGCCGAUUGCGCGUCGCCCCUCGAGUUCACCGUGGCCGCUGGCGAUGCCCUCUUCCGGCGUCUGGCUGUCUACGCGGCGAUUGGUCGAGACUUCAAUCUGCCCGCCCUCGAGCACACCGCCAAUUGGCUGCUCAAUCGGCGUGCGACCUAG